ACGAAAGUUACAUGAUUAUAUAUUUAAGAAACUUCCGAAGGUUUCAGAUAAAUUGAUGACAGCCUUGGAAAAGUCGAAACAUAUUAAGAUAUUUGAUCUUUUAGACGAACAGACAGUCUACCCGAUGAAGUUCAAACCACAUGGUCGUGUUAUAUUAAUAAAUAAUGUGAAAUUUGACGAUGCGAAGUAUCCGGAGAGGCUCGGAAGCGAAAAGGAUGUGGAGGGUAUUACGAAACUUUUCACUGCUUUUAAUUUCGAUGUUCAACUUUAUUCUAAUAAAACGGCCGAGGAAAUGGAAGACGUAAUUCUAAAAGAAGCUGCAGAAAGUACAGCCCGUGAAGAUUGUUUCGUCAUGUUCUUGAUGUCACAUGGGGUUUUAGGGAAUAUUGUUGGAACUGAUGGUGAGAAAUUACCUUAUUCCACUAUUAAUACAAUUCUACAAGAUAGUUCUCAGCUGAAAAACAAACCAAAACUCAUUUAUGUCAACGCUUGUGAAGCUAAUUCUGAUAAGGAAGGUAAGGAUGGAUAUUUUGAUGCUCCAGACCUAUAUGUAUUUUUUUCCACUGUUCCUGGAAGAUUAUCUUACCGAACUCGUGACAAAGGAAGUUACUUCAUCGAAAGUUUAAUCAGCGUCUACGAAAGGAACAAAGAAAGGUGUGACAUCUUUGCAUUAUCUGAUCAAAUAAUAUCACAAGUUUCCAAGAAAAACGAAGAGAAUUCUAAGGAAAUAUAUCAGAAUUAUGAGGAAUUCGCUCAAAUUCCAAGUGGUUCUCACAAAUUGACGAAAAAGGUGAUACUUCGAACCACAGACUAACUGUAUUUUUCUCUUUACCUAAUUUCAUUAAAAUAUAAAGGGUUCACAGUAGAACACUGGUAUGUACCUAAAACAUCUCCAUAUUCAUCGCCAUCAGCAACACACUAUUCCUCAAUGUUUACGAUUCAUUCGCUUCACUUGGUCACUCCUCAUGUGAGACCUCGGGCCAUAGAAAUCAAUAUACCUACCUUUAUUUCUACCCCUUAUCAUGAAAUAAAUAUCCUCCUCCACUGGUACCAAA